CCUCUUCCUUUCCUGCCAUUGGUGGCUCUGGCCCCUCCGCUCCGCCCCAGCCCGCCAUGGCGUCAGCGGCCGCGGCCCCGGGGAGGAGGUUCCCGCUUUAAGAAGUGAAGUUUUCCGCCCCCUCCCCCUCCCUGCCCACCUCCUGCAGCCUCCCGCGCCCUGCGGGGCCGGUGGAUGGAGCUGCGCCGUGGCGGCGUGGGCAGCCAGGCUGCGGUGCGGAGGAUGGAUGGGGACAGCCGAGAUGGCGGCGGCGGCGGCAAGGACGCCGGGUCGGAGGACUACGAGAACCUGCCGACCAGCGCCUCCGUUUCCACGCACAUGACAGCCGGAGCGCUGGCCGGGAUCUUGGAGCAUUCAGUCAUGUACCCGGUGGACUCGGUGAAGACACGAAUGCAGAGUUUGAAUCCAGAUCCCAAAGCCCGGUACACGAGCAUCUAUGGAGCCCUCAAGAAAAUCAUGCGGACAGAAGGCUUCUGGAGGCCGCUGCGGGGCAUCAACGUGAUGAUCAUGGGGGCAGGCCCGGCCCACGCCAUGUAUUUUGCCUGCUAUGAAAACAUGAAAAGGACUUUAAAUGACGUUUUCCAUCACCAAGGAAACAGCCACCUAGCCAAUGGGAUAGCUGGGAGUAUGGCCACCCUGCUCCACGAUGCGGUAAUGAACCCGGCAGAAGUGGUGAAGCAGCGCUUGCAGAUGUACAACUCGCAGCACCGGUCUGCCCUCAGCUGCAUCGGCGCCGUGUGGAGGACCGAGGGUCUGGGGGCCUUCUACCGGAGCUACACCACGCAGCUCACCAUGAACAUUCCCUUCCAGUCCAUCCACUUCAUCACCUACGAGUUCCUGCAGGAGCAGGUGAACCCGCGGCGGGACUACAACCCGCAGUCCCACAUCAUCUCCGGUGGUCUGGCCGGGGCACUGGCCGCAGCUGCUACCACCCCCCUGGACGUCUGCAAGACCCUGCUCAACACGCAGGAGAACGUGGCCCUCUCCCUGGCCAACGUCAGUGGCCGGCUGUCAGGCAUGGCCAACGCCUUCCGGACAGUGUACCAGCUCAACGGCCUGGCAGGCUACUUCAAGGGCAUCCAGGCACGUGUCGUCUACCAGAUGCCCUCCACUGCCAUCUCCUGGUCCGUCUAUGAGUUUUUCAAGUACUUCCUCACCAAGCACCAGCUGGAGAACCGAACUCUGUACUAAAGGAAAGGGCUGUGGGACGCAGUUCUGGAAUCUUUUGUUCACAAAAGCCUUGCCCUGUCUGCCUGCCUGUCCUUGGCUGCACACCCAAGGCCCUUUUCCUGAGGGUGCCCUGGAUGGGUGCUCCCUGAUGCUUAGAAGCAGGAGAGACCGGAUGGCCCCUGACCGGAAGCCUGUCCUGCCCAUGGGGACAUCCGAGGUGGUGGUGGACAGGAAGGCCUUGGGAAGGGAAGCAAGAAAUGGCUAUUUCUCCUCCCCCAAAGAAUGUAGCUUUCUGCUUCUCUGUGGCAGUCUCCUCCUUCGAUCCUUAGGUCACACAGGAAAGAAGAGGACGUAACAGUGACUGCGCACAUUAAAGUUGAUUAUAUAUAUAUAUUAUAUAUAUAUUAUAUAUAUAUAUAUAUAAGUUCCAUUUUACAGUCUAAAAUAGAUGGAUAAUGUUUAUCCUUUAUUUUUCUACGUAGAAAUUUUUGAAUUUGUGUGUGUUCUUGUGUGUGUCCAUAAAUAGUAUUACAGCCGAGCAAUUGAGCUGUUUUUUUAAAUAUUAAAGAGGGCUGAAUUCUUCCAUCAGGCUAAAUAAAAAGGCACCAAAGUAAUACAUGGCUGGAUGAGCCCUAAAAGUGCAUGUAGCACCCCCAGGUGGCAGUUUCACUUGAAUGUAAAAUAAUAAACAUUAUAUAUUUUGAAUUUCUCUUAAUGGGGAAAAAGGUACAUUAAAAAAAAUUAAAUAAUGUUAUGCUACUUGCAGCUAUUUUUAAUUUAGUCGCUCACCUUCAUGUGCCUAUUCCCUGUCUUUCCUAAAAAUUCCAGGACCAAAGAUCGGGCCCUGGCAUGCUUCUUCCUGCUCUGUGUGAGCGCACACGUAGCCCAGGCAGCGGGGUCACUCGUAGGCUGCUGACCCCUGUAGCGUGGGGGUGACCGGCCUUACACCUGUUGCGACCCUUCCUUGCUUAUUGUGAGUGACCUGGAUUUGCUGUGCCCCAGGUCGCACUUAGAAGCUCUGGGUAUGCCCGUGCCUGGCUACUUGUUGAGUAGGUCUUUGGGAUGAAUCCUACCUUUAUCCUAAGACUUAGUUGUGGAUCAGCCUUUUUUUCCUUGGACACUUCAGGGAACUUGGCUUCUCUGUGUUUUGACUAAAUCUCCUCCUGUUCUGCCCUUCCUGGGAUAGUCUAGGGAUUUAACGGAAUGGAGCCAGCACCCCACUGGCACUUGGCUGUAUCCCUGUCCUGCCCUAGCUUCUCUCAUUCGAUAGUGAUAAGUCUGGGCCCUCCAGCCAGGACCCCUUGCCAGGCCUGACCCAGAUCCCCAUCCAUGGCUACCUCUUCAGCCUUGUCUGGUCUGUGUCACCUGAGAACACAAGGUCUUAUUGCUUUGUCUUCUGAAAUUUUUUCUUUGUCCCCAAGAGAAAAUACAAGCCUGCUGCUUCCAGAUCAGUAUCCGAGGGGAGACCGGACAGCCUCUGCUUCCUGUUUUGAGCCCCCACCACAGCUUUCUGUAAAUGAGCAGGAAGCACGUGCAUUUUGUGUUGGCAGUCUUUGUCCUGACCUGCCACUAUCACAGUGGCCAUGUGGCGCCUGCCCCUGAAGCAGCUCAGAGCUGGAUCCUCCGGGCCGUGGCACUGCCUGGGAAAGACUUAGGUUGAUCUAGGGAAGGUUCAUCUUGGGGCUCUGCUAUUACAGGUCUUUUGUCCCAGGAGCUACGAGCAGUUGUCCAGUGAAAAGGUAGACUUUCUCAGAUCAGGGAUAGGAGGGCCUCCCUGGUGCCUCAUAUGCAUGCGUUCUCCCUGGGCAGGGACUUACUGCUGGGCUGCAGGGUGCCUGCUGAGCUGGCCCACCUUGGGGCAGCCCCCCGUGCUCUCAAUGGUGGGUACUGGCUGCGUCAGACAUAAAGCUGGUGACCACGCUGCUGUGGAAAUGUUUACGUCCAUUCUGAACUUGUGCUGGGAUAGAGUUACAUACACUCUGCUGAUUUUUGCAGAUGGAAGGCAAAGUCAAGUUGCAGAUUCUAAACUGGAACUUAAAUCCUAAAAAAUUCCUCGCAUCCCUCUGUCCACUGAAUACGCUGCCCUGCCGUAAAAUGUUCUUGGUUUCCCAUAGGAUUUUGUUCUCCAUAUUUACAGCAGAGAUUCAACUUCUAGAAAAGUCCCUUUGGCUGAAGGGAUACCAAAAAGAGCAGCAGGAGCUGGACCUCUGAGCUCCACGGGCUCAGAGUCUGAGGAUGCCAUCCUGGCUGCCUCUUCCCAGUGAUGCUAGCUGGGUCUGCAGAGCGUCCCAACUGUCCUGCCUGCCUCUACCCAGUCACCGUGAGGUUGAGUGAGUGGUGUGUGAGAAGCUUAGGACGGUUUUGAAGCACCAACUGGAUAUGCAUCUAUUUAUUUUACCUCUCUCACCCUUAGCUUGAGGUUUGGUAUUGUUUGCCCCACGCAGCCUUGUUGCUUCCAGGUCGUGAUUUUGACAUUGCAGGAUGCUGGCUAGGACAGUGUGCCUCUGUCCAGUGGCCCGCCCAAUAAUCACGGCACAUCCUUAGUCACUGACGUCUGUGAAGCAGCUUCUUGCAACCCAGCAGUGCCAGGGAAUCCAGUCCUGGUACUUUGACAGUGCAUACGUGUUUAUAUAAAUUAGCUCAUCUCACUUAUAGGUUGGAAUUUUCAAAUAAAACAUUGUUCUCAAACCCUCAAAUGGAUACAUUCUCCAUGCAUGACUGUUUUCUUUGGAUCAAAUCUACCUAUUUAGCAGUUUCUUGUGUGGUUUGUUUGUAUAAAUAUGCUCAUGUCUUAUUCUGCACCCCAUUUUCCCGUGGCCCUGGAGGCUGCCUGUCCGACACCUUGUUAUGCCAAUAAGGUUGUAUUUAUUUAAGGAUGACCGUGUCUCUGAACUGUGAGUGUUCUGCUGCCUCCUGCCUGUGAGCUGCACCAUGAAUGUGAUAAGGGUGAACAAGUGUUACUUCUUCAAUGUCAUAAAUGCCUGGAGUCCAGAUUGUUUUUGCUCUGAGAUUGCUGCCAGUCCUUUGUGGAGGGACGUGUCCGCUAACCUGUGUGAGUGUGGGGGUAAACCUG